AUGGCCUCCAAGCUUUACGUCGGCAACCUGUCCUGGAACACGGACGACAACGUCCUCCGUGAGGCUUUCUCUGCCUACGGCCAGGUCACCGAUUCCAUUGUCAUGCGUGACCGUGAGUCCAACCGCAGCCGUGGUUUCGGUUUCGUUACCUUCGCCACCCCUGAGGAGGCUAACGCCGCCGCUGAGGCCCUUAACGAGCAGGAGCUCGAUGGUCGCCGCGUUCGCGUUAACGUUGCCAACGCUCGUCCCAGCUACGGCGGUGGCGGCGGUGGUGGUGGUGGCUUCGGCGGUGGCCAGGGCGGUUACGGUGGUGGUAACGGCGGCUACGGUGGCGGUGGUGGCCAGGGCCAGUGGCGCCAGUAG